GCGCGCAACAGUCUACACCCACGUGGAAGUUGGUCGCAAUGUCGCUCGACGAGAGACUGUCCAAGAUCCGGGACAACCCGAAGCUUCAAGGCCAGCAGCAGACCCAUGUCUUGCUCUCAGCCAUCGAAGAUACCCUCCGCCAGCAAAACUCAGAAUUCACGCCGACAGCCUACUUCGCAGCCUUGCUGUCGCUCCUGGCCCGUCAAAUCACGGCCCAGGGAAUUGCCAACAAGGACACGGCCACAGCGACCAUCUACCUGCUUGAUCUCGUCACCCCCCAUGUACCCGCCCCGCUGCUGCGAUCCAAGUUCACCGAUAUCCUCACCAACAUCGCGCCCGCCCUUACCGCACAAGAUGCUGAUGCGCCACUGAUCAGGUCCUCGAUAGGAUGUCUCGAGUCGCUUCUGCUCGUGCAGGAUGCGCGCGCUUGGGAGCUGCCACAGACGACCAUCAGCCCGCGUAGGGCUGUCGCGGGACUACUGCAGAUAUCAGUCGACCACAGACCCAAAGUGAGGAAGAGGGCACAGGAAGCGCUCAAAAAGGUGCUUGCGAACCCGCCACCGAGCCCUGCGCUAGACCAUCCCGCAGCAGACAUGUGCGCUGAGACGGCGCAAAAAAUGCUUAAGGACAUAGCGGCAGAGGCGGCAGCCAAGGCGCGCAAGCAUAAGGGAAAGAGGGAUGCAGAAAACAAGGACCCCGAUCUGAUUCAUGCACUGCAGCUCAUUAAGACGAUUGCUAUGUCGUCUGGCGGCUGGCCAAGUACCAAGAUCGACGUGUUGUGCGAGCUGCUGCUCAACAUCUCCAAGUCGAGCAACGAGUUCUUGACCAUGGCUGCUUUUGACAUUUUCGAGGUCAUUUUUGCAGGCAUGGCCAAUGAGCUUGCGUCUGCUAAGCUUCCCAGACUGCUCGAAGUCAUCUCUGAGUUACAGCCCUCCAAAAACGACUCACAGCUGCUUCCGCCUUGGAUAGCAGUCGUAUCACGCGGCUAUGAAGUUUCUGCUCAGAUUGAGCCCGAAGAGACCUUUAUGAAGUUACCCGAGUUGUUCACCACCAUUGCCGAGUUCCUCACAUCCUCUUCGCACAACAUCCGUAUCUCUGCCUCUGAGUGUUUAAUCUCGUUUAUCGUAAACCUUGUCCCCGACAGCGUUAUCCUCGAGCCCUCUGUAUUCGACGAGAAGACACUGGAAAAGGUUGCUAAGGUUGCCCAAGAUCUCUUGAGCGUCAAGUAUCAAGCUGCCUGGAUGGAAGUGUUUAAUGUCUUUGCCGCGAUGUUCGAGACUCUAAGAUGGCGCUCAGAUCCUAUCCUCAAGCCUGUGUUAAGGGUUGUUGGAGACCUCAGAGGCAAUGACAGCUUUGCGGGCAAAAAGGAAGCAGAUGCAGUCAUUUCAAAGGCAAUUACUGCAAUGGGGCCUGACGUUGUCCUUGAGAUACUCCCUUUGAACUUACCGCGGCCACCACCAGGACAGACUGGACGAGUCUGGAUGCUUCCGCUCCUUCGCGAUUCCGUGCACAACGCCAAGUUGUCCCACUUCAGAAAACAGAUGGUUCCGUUGAGCGAAGAGCUCUACCAAAAGGUCAUAGAUCACGGCGAGAAGGAAAAGACAAUGGAGAUCAAGGUCUUUGAAACAGUCGUACAACAAAUCUGGUCAAUCUUGCCCGGCUACUGCGAUUUGCCAUUGGAUCUGGUCGAGGCGUUCGAUCAGACCUUUUGUGAAAUGCUGGCAAAUCUACUUUAUGGUCAAGCUGAUCUACGAACGGACAUCUGCCGAGGUCUACAGAACCUAGUAGACAGCAACAAGGCCAUUGUGGAGCUGGAGUCUGAAGACGAUCUGCUUGCGCAAGCCCGUAUCUCUAAAGCUGACGCGCAGAAGAACUUGGACCACCUCGCCACCUUCGCAAGCAACAUGCUCGCAGUCCUAUUCAACGUAUACAGCCAGACUCUGCCACAGUACCGCGGCACCAUCCUCAGGACCAUCAAUGCGUAUCUGAGCAUCGUGCCCGAGAGAGAGCUCAUGGAAACCUUUGAGCGAGUUGCGACCAACCUUGAAGCCUCACUACCUGAACCUGGCUCGCAGACUCAAGCAGCCAAACAAAAGCAGGAAAUAGGCCCCAACAAGAUGCCGCCCAUGAGCCACACCCUCAUGGAUCUAAUCAUCACAAUCGCGUUGUACCUUCCCCGUGAUAGUUAUCGUUCGCUUUUCCGUAUGGCCGAGAUUAUGAUCAACCGGGAGAACGAGCCGCAACUGCAGAAGAAAGCAUACAAGCUUAUUCCUCGGCUUGCAGAAUCUGAGAUGGGUCGAGCAGCUUUGAGAGAGCGCAAUGCGGAGCUGCAGCAGCUGCUUCUUGGGAGUGCGGAAAAGGCGUCAGCUCCUGCACGAAGAGACAGACUCAAUGCGCUAUUCCAAGUUCUUGAGUCUUUGCCAGAGAGCGACCUUCACUUCAUCCCUUCUAUCCUUUCUGAGGUCGUUAUCUCGGCUAAGGAGACUAACGAGAAAGCUCGAGAGGCUGCCUAUAACCUGCUUGUUGCAAUGGGCGAGAAGAUGGCGCAGGGCGGCCAGGUCGUGCAAUCCAAGGUACCCAAUAUGCCUGCCGAUGCCCCCACAGUAGAGGCAUCACUCGAGGAGUACUUCACAAUGGUGUCAGCUGGUCUGGCCGCUACGACACCACACAUGAUUUCUGCAUCCAUCACCGCCGUCACCCGUAUACUUUACCAAUUUCAUGACCAGAUAUCCAAGGAAACCAUCACAAAUCUCUGCGAUCUCAUGGAUAUAUUCCUCCAGAAUCCCAAUCGCGAAAUUGUCCGCAGUGUACUUGGCUUUGUCAAAGUCGAGGUUAUAUCAUUGCCCGAGUCGCUCGUUCGCCCGCGUCUCAACACCCUUCUUAAGAAUCUGAUGGUUUGGAGCCACGAGCACAAGGCUCACUUCAAGGCCAAGGUCAAGCAUAUUGUAGAGCGUAUGGUUCGCAAGUUUGGUGUGGAGGAAGUCGAGCGCGCCACUCCUAUGGAGGACCGUAAGCUGAUCACCAACAUCCGUAAGACGCGCGAGCAGCGCAAGAAAAAGAAACAGCAGGCCGCGGAGGAUGGCGAAGAACCAACUGAGAAGCGAAAAGGCAAGUUUGAGAGCGAGUACGACCAAGCUGUAUACGGCAGCGAAAGCGAUGAAAGCGAGGGUGACUCUGAGGACGAGUUUGUUAAGAGUCAAAGCAAACAACAGCGCGGUGGCGCAAAGGGCGGUAACACCUACAUCAUCGAAGAUGAGGACGAGCCUCUUGAUCUACUGUCCAAGCGCGCUCUCGGAAACAUUUCCUCAACAAAGCCUCUGCGUCAACGCAAGCAGCCAACGAAGAUCAAGGCGCGCACGAACGAAGACGGCAAACUCAUCCUUGGCGAAUCAGAUGACGAGACAGAAGUCAAGGGCAAAAAAUCAAAGAAGCAAGCUGCCGAUGACGAGGACGCCCUUAUGGAUAUUGAUGACCAAAAUACGUCGCUGGAGGCAGGCAUCAACGCCUACGUUGACGCCAUCCGCGGACGCGAUGCCGCUCAAACCGGUCAGAAGGGACGUCUCAAGUUCAGCAACAAGCGCACUCAUGAAGAUGACGAAAUGGACAUGGACGAUGAUGGCGCUGAGGCAGACUGGCAAGAGAUUCGCAAAGCAAAGUCCGGCUCAGGUAUGGGUAGAGGCGGUGCAAAGAGUGGCGGUGCUGGGCAAAAGAAUCAGAGGCGAGCAUUGGGCCAGGAGAGAUCAAGGGGAGGCAAUGUCAGCGGUGGAGAGGGUAGAGGGGGGGCAAAGGGCAGGAUUGAGAAGACAAAGUCUCCGCGCGGUAGAGGCGGAGGUGGGUUCAGAGGAAAGGCACCGAGUGGGAAGUGGAGCGGGCCAAAGUGAACAGUUGAACAGAGCUAACAAAACAAAAUGGAUUUGGGCUACGAGGGAGUUUUUGGGGUCAAUUAAUCUCGUUGUUCGUCUUGAUCAUGUAUGAAAUUCGAUACCAUCUAUUGCGUUUGCAAUCAAGCGACUGCGUGUCCCUUUUGAUAUCACGCUAUUUCAUUAAAAUUUGUUGUCCAAG